AUGGCCUCGUGCGGGGAUUGGGAGGCACACAGCUCGAGCCUGGCCGGCGCCCAAGAGCCAUGCUUCCAAGAGGGAGCAGACGACGAGCAACGCGUGCUUGCGAAUGCGCACGGGACGUCUUUGAUGGACUCGGAGGCGCGGAGCUCGAGCCUGCCCGGAACGCAAUCGGGCAGCGUCCAAGAGGGAGCAGACGGCGACAGAUUCAUGGGUGCGAAUGUGCGUUGGAUGCCUUCGCGCAGCUCGAGCCGCGUCGGAGGCGAGCGGGCCGGCUUUGAGGAAGAUGGCGAGGAGUGGGUUCACCUGGUCUGGGCCGACGCCGACUUCCGGAACGGCGCCGCUCUUGAAGCCUUCGAAGCGGGGAGUGCGGUGGAGAGCGAGGUGCUGAAGCGAGAGCUGUCCACUCUCGAAGGACAGGCGCGUCCCUCGCCCUUUUCUGAGCUGCUCUUGCGUUCGCUCGCCUCCCUCUCCCAGCAGCCGAAAGGCGGACCCGUGCGCUUGGCCAGCAUGGUGCGAGUAUGA